UUUCCUUCCUUUGAAAAAUCAUGCUAUAAGGUACUAUAUUGUUAGUGAUUUAAUUUUAUGUUAAUGGUAUAGGAAAUUGUGUUUCAAUGGCUUCUGAAAGAAAACCAAUGAUUCAGCACAUAGUUAGCAUUCCAGAAGUGAUUGAACCUAUGGUACCUGAUCAAUGUUGCAUUUAUAAGGUUCCUCAACAUCUUUUGAAGUUGGAAGAAAACGCUUAUACACCAAAGUUUAUUUCAAUAGGUCCAUUUCACUGUCAAAAUUCAGAACUAAAUCAAGAGAAGCAGAAACAAAGGUACUUUAAUGCAUUUUGGAAACGUUUAUCACUCAAACAAGCUUUGUCUUUUGCACAAUUUAAGGUUUUUCUUGAAGAAAACCAAGAAAAUAUUGUGAACUGUUAUUCCAAGCCAGAAGCUUGCAAGUUUGACAAGUUUUUGGAAAUGAUUUUGUUAGAUUCAGUUUUCAUCAUGGAGCUAUUUUUGAGAAAAUCUAAUCAAUCUGAACAGAAAAAUGAUUACAUGUUUACUACAUCAUGGAUCUACAUAAUCACACAAAGGGAUUUAUUGCUGCUUGAAAAUCAAAUUCCUAUGUUUGUAUUAGAGGAAUUACACAAAAGGGUGUUAUUAGAUUAUGGCAGCGACAAUGAAAAUGAAAGAUGUGUUAGUUUUAUUGAGCUUGCUUUUAAUUACUUUGAAGAUUAUUAUCCUCAAAAGUUAAGCAAAAAAUGGAAUAUGACACAAAAUUGUAAAUCUUGCAAACACUUCACUGAUUUGAUUAGAUAUACUUACCUUCCAAGAAAAAUUCAAGUAAAUGGUGUGAAUCCAUCAAAAAAUUUCACAACAUUUUCAUCAGAAUAUAUACCAAGGACAGCAACAAAGUUGUAUGAAGCAGGUAUUACUUUUGAGAAAGUUCAAGGUAGAAGCUAUUUGGACAUUAAGUUUAAAAGGACACCAAUUUUUAGCUGGUUUUUGUGCUUAGGUUGUUUACCAUUAUUUAAAUGUUUCCAAACUCGUUUGGAAAUUCCUUAUUUGAAAGUAAACCAAGUAACAGGAAGUGUUCUUAGGAACCUUAUUGCAUUAGAACAGUGUCACUAUUCAGAACAACCUUUUAUAUGCAACUAUGUUUCAUUAAUUGAUUCUUUGAUUCAUACUGAUCAAGAUGUUGAGUUUUUGGUUGACACUGAAACAAUUGGACAUGAACUUGGGAGUCAUGCUGAAUUAGCAACUUUGGUUAAUGAUUUAUGCAAAUAUGUUGUGUUCACAUCAAAUUAUUAUGGAAAAAUCAUUAUGGAACUCAAUGAACAUUAUAAUAAUUCUUGGAAACAUUAUAUGGGUAGGUUAAAGGCAGUGUAUUUCCGUGAUCCUUGGAGAUUCAGUUCAACUGUUGUUGGAGCUGCUUUUUUCAUGUUUGCUGUUGUCAAUUUUCUUAAAGUUCUUGGUGUCACAAUCAAAUAGAUUC